AUGUCCAGCCAAGACUACUACCAUCAACAGCAGGGCUACCAGGGUCCGCCACAGGGCUACCCUCAACAAGGCGGUUACAAUCCUCAGCAGCCUCCUCAGGCCUACGGAGCUCCCCCUCAGGGCCAAUACUAUCCUCAGGAACAGCAGCAGUACCAGCAGGGAUAUCCUCAGGGCCAACAAAUGAACUACCAACAGCAGCCGCCUCAGCAGGAGCAGCGCGGUCGUGAUAAUAACCAGGGCUGCUUGAUGGGCUGUAUCGCCGCUCUCUGCUGUUGUUGCGCCGUCGAAGAAGGUUGCGAGUGCUGUAUCGACCUUUGCGAAUGUUUCUUCUAA